AAGAUAUUGAACACCAAUUCAUUCUGUUCAGAGAAGAACCGUAUAUCAGCCUCCAUGCUAGACUAGUAUCGAAGAUAUACUUUAAUUGUUUUGCAGUUUCACACCACAAAAGCCUCUAGGACCAUUUCAUCACGAGAGCUCGUCCAUUCUAAAUGUAACGAAAUGGAGACUGGUCCUACCACUGCCCAUCGAAGGCUAAGUCGUCAUCCAGUAAAGGCAGCUUGUCUAUCGUGCCGCAAAUGUAAAGUACGAUGUGAUGGACAGUAUCCCUGCUAUAAAUGCCGCACCAAAGCGAAAGUUUGUUGCUACCAACCUAGUCAGCGAGGGGGUCUGCGGAGAAAACGGAGACCCGAAGAUGCAGAAGAUUUCAGUGUAUUCGAGAUGCCUGCCAAUAUCUCAGCUUUUGAAGGGAGCGGCGCAUCUGAUCCUUUCUUGGAGAGCAUUCUCAAUCUCUCCUUUCCACAAACUGGAAUCAAUAACCUGGAUCGGCUACCAGAUACAAUGCCCGAUCCUGACCACGGGGACAUGUUAUAUCGCCAAGAUAUCCCGGGCACAGAACAAGCUUCAUCAUCGUCGCCAUUUCUAGACGAUCGAGAGACUGUUCCAGUUCGGAUGUACCACUCAGAGGCGCAAAUUCUAAAUGCUUACUACAUCUUUAUCCACCCGUUCUUUCCAAUCUUACCACCUCCUAUCUCCCCAGUACAAGAGGACAGCUCAGUGGCAUUCAAAUGUUUAACUAAAGGAACCUUCUACCCUCAAAUAUCCGACUUAGCGUACUGUCCAGCAUCACCUCUAAGUAUGGCUUUAGCUGCUGUACUCGCCGUUAUCCCCGCCGACGAUGAUUCGGAGUCAAUGUCCGAAGCUUCUUUUGCGGCACGGAGGUCAGUUUCCCAGUUACUAGCACAAAGAGCCUUACAACUAGCCGACGGAGACAUUGAUCUCGAGCAAUCGUCUUUUCUGGCAUGCCGCUUCCAGAGUACACCAUUGUCCUGCCCACGGCCCUUAUUCCACGGAUGUGUGCCUUUCCAGUUGGAAGCAGUACUGGCAUUACUAGUCCUUAGCCUCUAUGAAUAUUGCCAGCGUGGAAACCUCUCCAAAAUGCGGGCCCGAGCAAAUCAAGCCAUGACACUUAGUAUGGAUAUGGAUCUACACCGCUUGGCUAAUGAUGGCACUCUAUUUUCGGAGGCACAAAGACGUGCAUGGUGGAUGAUGAUCCAUGUUGUGUACCAGUCUUCGAUACUACAAAAUUCGAAACCGCACGUCUCGAUUGAUGAUCCGCAGAUUACUGUACCAUAUCCUAGUUUUCAUGUUUCUUCAGAGCCAUGGCCAUUGUAUAUUCAAGCUCAGAAAGUCCAUCUAGAAGUCGCCCAUUUCAUAACCGAUCUAGAAAAUUAUUCUUCAUCCUCCUCAAUUGCACACCCGCUGGUCCCGGAGCAAAUGCUGGCCCUCGAUUCCAAGCUACGUUCCAUGAUGUCCGAGACGGAUUUAUCUCCGAAUAUAUGCAGAGAUCGAGUAGAAGCUCUUUCAAUGCGAAAUAUGUGGCUGUUUACACGCUCUGUGAUCAAUAGUGCGCGUCUGAAGCUACACCGUUUCAGGGCUUUUUCUAACCAACCCAUCUUUCUUGAGAAGCAUUGUGAUCUUGCCACGGUUAAGGAUCUAGCGGCCAGGAAUACUACAGAAGAUAAAGCUGAGGAUCAAGGAUACAUUUUCCCGUUUAGCAAGGUGGAGUCCUUGAAGGUUUGUCAAAAAUCAUCCUUGGCUUCGGUCAGAAUAUUCCAUUCUCUGUGCUUUCCGGAACGUAACAACUUGUGGAGCGACGUGGUGCUAGUGUCACCUGAUGAGACCAGCUGUCGUUCUCGACCAAUCCCAUACUUUGCAUGCUGCGCGAUGCAAACCGCUUACGCAGUGCUCAUAUUACUUUACACUGUCCGAAACGCCUUUUACUCUAGACAAUUCAUAGAUUGUCAGGAUCUCUUUAGCGACCCGGAACCUGGGACUGAGGCUCACGAUGCAGAAAGAUUGAUUGAGGAAUUGCAACAUAAUCUUGAAAGACUGCUGGAGAUGAUGCACUGUUGUUUUUCGUGGUUUGAAGGGGUUGGAAGUAUGCGAGAGGAGAUUCAAAAUGCCUAUCAAGCUGCCUUUCUGAGAUGAAAGCUGACGGCACGACUUCGCACGAUAUAACUUGCAAUCCCGGAGACUACUUAUUAGGGGAAUAGACGGCAGCCUUUUUUGGUCGCGGCUGAUUGGCUGCGCGAAAGUGCGAUUACGAAGACGGGGUUUCAAUAUGCCCAUUGGAUGGCCUUUUCUAAUAGACAACUGACGCGCAUGUAGCUUUCUAAGAAGAUUGGGAGAAUCGGAGAUACGGAAAACAUAGUACUCUCAGAAGCCGAACGGUUCCCUUUCUUGUCUUCGGUGACUGAGGUGGGGUCAGGCGGCAGUUAGAAGAUUGUAACCAAAGCGCUUAGGAAAGGAUUCUCGUGCGCUUAUAUAUCUGG